GCCGGUACUACGGACGCAACUCGGGAAAUGGUACAGUAUCAUGGGUUGGAUUGCUAUGUUUUUGGUCGGCGGCCUACCGAGAACUUUGGAAGUUUGGAUUAGUUAUUUAAAUCGACGGAAUCGCCACCCGGAGUGGUUCAUCUCAGAGGUCUUGUUCCUCACCCUCGUCGCCCGGACAAGAGCAUCUUGCAUACCUUUUAAUAAACAUUUCCCCCAACUCUUCCACCACACUCGUUCAUUAAAUUAUAAUUCAUCCACGGAUCUUUGGAACCUACACAAUCUCCCACACCCAUCACAAAAUUCACAAUGAAGUCAUUCGCCACCAUAAUCCUCGCCCUCGCCAACCUGGCAGUGGGUUUCCCCGUCGAGAGCGACGGCACCAACGCGUCGAGCCGGCACGCGCUCGAUCGGCGCGCCAUCGUCAACCACGACAGCCUCUCGCCGGACCCGCAGACGGUGCAGGGCGGAGCGAUCGGGGCGGCCAUCGCGCGCUUCAGCCCCAAGAUCCGCAUCGCCAGCGGCUGCGAGCCGUACACGGCGGUGGACGACCAGGGCAACAUCAGCGGGGGGCUCAAGCCCGGCGGCGGCGAGAGGUCCAACUGCGGCGACCCCUACCGCGGGCAGACGUACGCGCGCGCGGGCACGGUGCAGGGCAAGUUGUGCAUCAUGUACUCGUGGUACAUGCCCAAGGACCAGCCGAGGAGCGACACCAUCGGCGCGCACCGGCACGACUGGGAGAACAUCGUCGUCUGCACCGACCCCACCAUGACUACCCUCACCAACGGCGCCGCCUCGGGCCACGGCAAGUACAAAAAGACGACCAGCGUCCCCACCGACGGCACCAACGUCCUGUGCGAGUACUUUACCAACUUCCCCACCAACCACGAGCUGCAGUUCACCGGCGACACCAGGGGCUACACCAAGCCCAUCAUGGACUGGGACGCCAUGCCCGCCGCCAUGAGGUCCGCCCUGCAGAACGCCGACUUUGGCGCCGCCACCGUCCCCUUCAAGGACGGAACCUUUAUGGACAACCUCAACAACGCCCAAUAGUGGGUGGUUAUGUGGUUAUGUGUUUUAUGUUUUUUUUUCUUGUAUAUUCUUUCUUUUUCUUUUUACCUUUUUACCUUUUCACCUUGGGAGUGUCUGCCGUCUGGUAGGAAGAGUUGUUCAACGUUCUUUUAUGGUUGCAUUGGUUUUAUUUCAUUUGUACAUUUUCUUUUCUUAUACCCUUGAAUCUUUUUUUAAUCAUCUACUGCAGACCAGCAAAUGCAUAUAGGACGAAUAUAAGGGGGAUGUCUUUCUUAUACUGGUGGUGCGAUUCUGUGACUUGACUUAACUACACUGGCCGAGCCCCGAUUUGAACUCAUACCAAGAUAAAAACAACACG